AUGGAAACACACCCGUUGUCUGCCCACGAGAUUGGCGAAGGGCUCCCCGUGUUAAUCAUUCAUGGCUGGGAGUUAGACGGGAAAGCCGAAGAGCUGGACUUUGAGCCAAUCUUCACCACCAAGGCCCCCGGUCUACGCCGGAUCUAUGUCGACCUCCCAGGCAUGGGCACAACACCUGCAAACAACGUCAAAGAUCUAGACGAUAUAUAUCUUCGCCUAAUACAGUUUAUUGAUGCCCGGAUUGGGAAAUCGAAAUUUUUACUUAUGGGUUCAUCGUGUGGUGGCUACCUUGCCCGUGCCCUCGCUCAAAAAUACAUUGGCCAAGUUGAUGGUUUACUCUUACGAGUGCCGCUUAUCGAGCCCAAGAACGAAUUGCGUGAUCUCGAUGGUUUUCAGCCGUUGGUUCGAAAUGAGCAACUCGUGUCGAGCAUGCCCAGCGAGGACAAGGCGCUUCUCGGAGAUGUUCACGUCCAAACACCGGCGUAUAUCAAGUCUCUCAAGGCAAAAUACGAAGCUAUACGUCCAUCAUUGAACGCGGCAGACAAAGAAGCUCUCGGUCCGAUCCGUGAAGACCCGCAGCGAUAUCAGUUAUCCCAUGUUGCUGCUGCGGACGAUAAUAACAAGUUUUUUGCACCCACGCUUAUCCUAUGUGGUCGACAAGAUGAGGUGGUGGGCUACCGAGACAGCCUCCGCCUGCUGGAGCUUUAUCCGCGGUCGACCUAUGCUGUCCUAGAUCGUGGUAGACAUGAUCUUCCUGUUGAUGAGAAUGGGCUUUUUGAGGCUCUUGUUCGGGAUUGGUUAACUCGGGUUGGGGAAUGGCGAGUUCGUGCAGAUAAAUAA